ACUGUCCAGUCGACACUGUGUGUGUUUGUAGGGCACUUGUGAAGAUUACCUUGCAGUCUGAUAUGUAGUCAUGGCACAUUAAUUCAAGCUACAGCUGGACACCUCUUGGAAAUAUGUAGACGCCAAAAUCAGUCACGCACCACAAACAAGAGAAACAAGUCAUGGGUGGUUUGGUUUCCAAAAGAACUUUGAUAGCCAACGGAUACGAUCGAGACAUUUACGGCCGGGUGGAUGCCGACAAAUCGGCGGCCAACAAAAGCGGAGCCACACACUUGCGACUCCCACCGUCAGCGGCGACGGCCAUCGACGGGCGAAAACAAGAAGAAGAAAUACAAGUUCAGUUGGCCACUAAUGAACUCUUCAAAGAGAAAUUAUUCACCAAAAUAGGACCGGGAUUUCGGGCGUGUUUCCGCACGGCCAGAAAUGCAAAUUCAGACGGUGGCGGAGAAGUUUACGUCUCGAUCGCAUUAGCUGACGGCGACUUCAUUUGCCGGAGUCUGCCAGUUACUAGCAGCGGCUACACAAUCACCGUCGACGGCAAAGGCAAUUUGAAAACGGCCCCGCAUUCAAUCGCCAACCAAUUGGGCGCCAAAUCGAAGAGCGGCGAGCCUUGGAAAGAUUUCGUCGUCGACGCCAGCGAUCACCACAAAGUCAAGAAAAAUAUUUAAUGCCCGUGCAAAACACCAAGUGGCCCAUCAAUCAAAAAAUUGGCCAUGACCAAGUCAAAAUUUCUUUUUUUAAAAAUAUAAAUAAAUAAUACACGUCAUUUAUUCAUUGUUAUGUAAGGGCGGAGAAUAAACAACCGUUUCUCUUUUGA